AUGCCGAAAUGGUGCAAAAAUAAUAAAUCUAAAACUAUUCCAAUUAGUACUUCAACUGAUAGGAUAGUUUCAUCUAAUGAAUAUAAGAAAAAGAAAAAACAUCAUUCAUUAAUUUCAUUCAUUUUUAAUAAACAACAAAUAUCUGAUACAAAUUCGAAUAGAAAAAUAAUCAAAGAUAAUUCAAUAUAUCAAAUUAAUCGAACUAAUUCAUCUAUUGAUAAUGAUCUAAUUCAACAGAAACAAAAUUCAAUAUUAACUCAUGCUCGAGGACAAUCAACAAUAUCUAAUCAAUUACCAACAAUUCCAUCAAAUGAUUAUUAUCAAUCAAUACAAUAUUCAAAUUUAAAAUCACCAAUAGAUCAUAAUAGAAGAAUUACAUUUAAACAUAAUUCAAAUAUUGAUUAUCAUUCAUAUGAAUAUAUACAAUUUUUUGAUAAGAUAAUUAAUGAAAAUAAUACAUGUUUCGGUUUUUCUAUAUCUCAUAUAACAUCAAAAUAUGGUUUAUAUAUAAUUAUAUUAAUAUUUCUUGGCAUUUGUCUUCUUAUAUCAUUAAUGGUUAUUUUUAAAAAAUUAUAA